UAGACAGGAUCUCACCUGAGCUAAAAAUACCAUGACCUACUUUAAUGGCAGGUAGAAAAAGAAUGCAGUCGUCUAUGUCAUAGAGGACAUUUUAUAUAACUAUAUCUUUUUUCCAUUAAAGCUGCAUCCCUAUUAUAUUGUAUCGGUGCAGUUAUUACGACCUAGGAGCUAUAAUAAUAGGUGAAUUAAAGUAAGUAGACGAAUAUUCAAGAUGGAUGCCCUACAAGAACUAUCGGAGGAUUUUCUAACGUGUAGUAUCUGUUUGAACAUGUACACAGAUCCAAAGCAACUUUCUUGUUUACAUUCCUUCUGUAGAGACUGUUUAUCUGACCAUAUAAAAGCAUGUGAUAAAGGGGGUGUCGUGGCUUUUCCUUGUCCAAUGUGCCGCAAAAACAUCUCUCCUCCAAGCCACGAGUUUUCGGAUCCAGCAGACGACUUUCCAGACAAUUUCUAUAUCGCAAGUCUAGUGAGCUCUGUGGCCAGGAAGGGUGGCGGCGGUUACCCGGAAUGCAGCGUUAAAGAAAGCAGGGACGACGACAGCUGUCAAAAUCACCCGUCGGUUACUGCAGACGAAUAUUGUAUGUCUCAGAAAAUAACGGUAUGCUCUGUCUGUCGUCCGAGCCAUUCCUCCUGUGAAGAAGAUCACGUUUCUCUCCAAGCUGCCAAAACCAAAGUAGCAUCAUUGAUAAUUGUGCUAACUGCUAAAACAGACACUACCCACAGUGUUUCUAAAGGGCUUCAAGACAAAUUGGAAGCAAAACCUCUAAAUUUACGCCACAGAAAAGACGAACUUCAGAUGGAAAUAUCAGAGCAUUUUUCUGCAAUUAGGAAUAAAUUUGUCAAACAUCUUAUAGAUCGGGAAAAGGACGUCACGACAAAACUUCAAAAUAUGGUAAAAGAAGAAGAAAAGAAGACGGAAGAAGCAACAGAAGAGUGCAAGAACAUAACUCAAUCUUGUGAAAAGAAACUGGAGCAAUUGGAGAAGCUUUCUGUCAAGGGAACCUUUAUGUCACUCGAAUAUUUGAAUACCUUGGAAAUCUUGUUAGAAAAAUUGAAUGAAGAUGCGGUCAAAAUUGAGUCGAAAACCGACGUCAAUAACAUUAAAUAUGUCCCAGACUUAGAAAUAGAUGACAUUUUGAAAAAUGUGAAAAUAGGAGAUGUAGUCGAUGGCAGUGACCAUGCGCUGGAGAAAACUGAAAAAUCACCCAAACUACCGGUAUCCACUGUAACGGCGAGUUCGGCCAUUCCUUCAGCCCCUCUGCUCGAGCAGUCCUACGAGAGUCUUAAUGCCGCAGCAGCCUAUCGGCCCUCGUGGCCCCAAACCACUUUGUCGCAACAACCACUUACAUACCAGUAUCGUGAACCCCGAAGUUAUGCUUAUGCGCCUCAAGCACCACAAGCUUACGUUUCCCCACCGCCACCAUCACCUUAUUAUACUGUACCUGCACAAUACGGGAAUCAAUCAUUUAACCGUUACCAACCGCGAACUAACGUUGCCCAGGGACCACAGAGACCAGCGCAGACCCGUCCAUUUAAAAGGUACGUUAACCCGAGUCAAAACCCCGAUAGAUUUUUCUUGGAUCGUGCAAGAGACCGACAGGAAAUGGACGAACUUAAAAGAACAGCAACUUUAUCAUGCCGAUUGCCAAAUGAUUCUAGAGCUUGUAAAAUCGUUGGUUUAACUGCUAUUAAAGAGGACACAUUUGUGGUAGUAGAUCGCUUUAAUCAAAACAUUAAACUCGUUCGAUUAAACGGACAGGGAAUGAAAUAUAUUCAGUUUGGAAGCAAUAUGGAACCGUGGGACGCAACUCGGGUGCUAUCUUUUGAACGUGAAGAAGUUGCAGUAACGUGUCCUGGUGCCAGAACGAUUAUUGUUGUCUCGGUCGUAAGCAGCUCUAAAAAUAAACGCCUUCAUCUCGACUUAAAACUGGGUUCAGAAAUAUCAACAACUGUAGGAUAUUCAUCUCUGGGGUGCAUUAAUGACAAAACACUUGUUUGUGGAGUUUGCAAUCCCUAUGGACCUCCAGAGAUUCACGUAAUAUCCAUGAAUGGAAGAAUUCUCCGAGUUCACAAAAGCGUUGUUACCUAUCCUCGGAGCAUCGACACAUCCCCCGGGAAGAUCAUUGCUGUGUCUGACUGGACAGUUAAAGAGGUUGUGCUAAUGACAGAUGAGGGGGAGGUGGUAAGCAGAUACAGGGGGCAGGGUAAAUGGGAUUUAAAAGAACCUAUGGGAUUGACCUAUUACAAAGAUGACUGUUUCAUUGUCGUAGAUCGAAAAACGGGGUUCAUUCAUCGUAUAACGGAAGAUGGUGUUCAGGAACGUGUGGGAAGAACUAUUGAUAAUGCCCACAUGGUGACAUGUGUUUUUACUAGCUCUACUUUCAGUCAAGAUGGUCUGGCUGUAGUAGUUGCAAGUGAUAAUGGAUGUAUUGCUGUGUAUGAAGGAUGCUGAAAAAUGUGUAACGAAUAGGACCAUUACACUCACGAUUUAGGUAUACACAACAUGGAGGCGGUUAUUGUAAAAUGCCCAUCUGCCUUAUGGGUAAUUUAGAUACACGCAUACUUAAUCGAAUCUCAUCCACUAACAUAGAACUUGAUUAAUCUAUUUGGAAGUGGUGGACAAGGAGGGCUUUUUACAACAACCCACAUGGACGUUUCAUGGCGUAUUACAAAACAGUGCCAAGAUAUUAUAGUGUUCGGCAAACAAUCUUCCUGUUAAAUCCUAAUUUUAAAAUAUGCCUAUUUUUUUUACAAAAAUUUCAACUCAUGAACUUCUCCAUGUUGGUAGCAUACAACGACACACAGCUGAAAAUCCUAACAUAUAUUUUUACAACGUGUAGCCUUUGGAUAAAAAAUCAAUUGUGUGAUGCUAAGAUUGUGUAAAUUUUAUUGACAAGACUAUCGUCCAUGGACAAUUUAAAAAUUUAAAUUGUAAGGGUCAUUUUCUCUCUCCGUAAGGAUUUAUUUCUUAAUAUCAGCUAUUUAAACAUACAUUAUGCAAGAGCUAAAUCUGCCUAUUGCAGGUCUUUCUUUAGGCCUGGGAUGUUAUUUAAAUUAUUAAUUAGACAUUAAUUAACUUAUCCAGACCAUAAUCAACUCUCGAUGUCAUCGCUAGCCUGUGAUGUUUAUUGGAUUAGGUUCUGAUUUGCUAUUUGACUUCCAUUUAUGAUUUAAUCAUGAAUGGAUAACCGAGACUAUGUUUUUUAUUGUACCGACUUUAGUAAUGAUGAUCGAGGCUAGGCCAAAAAUUCAAUCGCUAAAAUCUUGAUUCAGAGUGGAUCAAUUUGACUGAAAUUUUCAGCAAAUUCCCCUUAAAUUAUCUAGUUUUUAACUAUUAUAGUGGGAACUGCCAGCUCUUUAUCUAAUCUCCCAUAAUAUAUCUUUAAGUCGUUACAAAAUAUUUAAUUGAUAAGUACUAACAAAAUAAGUCAUUGUUAUAUGACUUCGCUACCGUAUAAAGAUAAAAUAACGAAACAAGGCAUUUUUAAUAUACCCAAGGAGUAUGCACAGUCUUAUGACACUCGGCAAACCUCAGCAGAUUCCAGUACUUACAGCUAGAUGUAGAGUAACGGAAUCUGCCGAGGUUUGCCGAGUGAGUCUUAUGAUAAUCAUUUUAAUUAUUUUAACAUGCUUGAGAGUAUAUUAUUACAUAAUGUAUACUUAUAUCACCUGUAAAUAUCCCUCUUUAUCAAAGUCAUUGUUAUGUAUUGCUUUAUAAUUAUAAUAUAUAAUAUAUUAUCUAUUGCUUUGUUUGCAUUGAAAGUUUUUAUUGUACAUCAUUA